UUUAUUAAGAUUCAGAUUAAAAACACCAAGUGAGUAAAUCCACUGCCUAUUAGUAAUUCGGAAAGAGAAAAGAAAAACUCGAGAGCAAAAAUGGUUGUUGAAGACGUUCCAAAAUCAACCAUCACCGACGAUCAAAUCCCUAAUAGGGUUAUUGAAGACGAUAACAACAACAUCAACGACCUUGAAGAAGGUGAGAUCCUCGACGAAGACGAUUCUUCCGCCACUUCCAAAUCCCACACCACCGCCAUCGUUCAUCAACCUCACCCCCUCGAGAAUUCUUGGACCUUUUGGUUCGAUAACCCUUCCGCCAAAUCCAAACAAGCCGCUUGGGGUAGUUCUAUUCGACCUAUCUACACUUUCGCCACUGUUGAAGAGUUUUGGAGCAUUUACAAUAACAUUCACCAUCCUAGUAAGUUGGCUGUUGGAGCUGAUUUUCAUUGUUUCAAAUAUAAAAUUGAACCUAAAUGGGAGGACCCCAUUUGUUCUAAUGGUGGAAAAUGGACUAUGACUUUUCAGAAGGGAAAGUCUGAUACUAGUUGGUUGUAUACGCUGUUGGCAAUGAUCGGAGAACAAUUUGAUCACGGAGAUGAAAUCUGUGGAGCAGUUGUGAAUGUUAGGAAUAGGCAAGAGAAAAUUUCUAUUUGGACUAAGAAUGCUUCGAAUGAAGCUGCUCAGGUGAGCAUCGGAAAACAGUGGAAGGAGUUUCUUGAUUAUAAUGAAACCAUUGGCUUUAUAUUUCAUGAGGAUGCAAAGAAGCUUGACAGAAAUGCUAAAAAUAAAUACGUCGUAUGAAGUAUGAAUUGUAUAGCGUUCUUACUUGGUUGCAAGUGCGUGAGAGAUGUCCUCCAACAUCCAACAUGUAGCUUAUAUGCAUUCUAUGCCUUUUAAAUCUCUCAUCAUCAGUAGUAUUUUCAGAUUUUUGUACGGAUUAUCUUUGUGACUGUAGACAGUAUUUCAUGAAUAAUAGAGUGAUUUAGUUAAUUGCUUCUUGAUUGAA